AUGGAUCCCUCCGCCGCCUUUGCAGAUGACCAGGCAGUUCACAGCUUCAGCUGGAAUGAAAGCUGGUCCAUGGGCCCUUCCUUAAAUACUACCCACAUCUCCUGGGCGAUGAAAAUGUUCUCCAUGGCCAUUUUCAGCAUCACGUUUCUCUUGGGGGCCACGGGGAAUGGCCUGGUUAUCUACGUCACUGGUUUCCACAUGAAGAAGACCGUCACCACCAUAUGGUAUCUCAAUUUGGCUGUGGCGGAUUUCAUCUUUGCCAUUUGCCUCUCCCUGGACAUAACCUAUAUGGCCUUGGGUCACUGGCCUCUGGGGAGAGUGAUGUGCAAGCUGGACACUGUAGUGCCUUUCCUGAACAUGUUUGCCAGCGUCUUCUUCCUGACAGCCAUCAGUGCCGACCGCUAUGUUUCCGUGGUACACCCAGUCUGGGCCUUGAACCACCGCACCCUCCGGCUCGCGUCCCUCAUGGCUGCUGUCAUCUGGGCCAUGGCCUUGGGCCUCAGCUCCCCCUACUUCACCUUCCGUGACACAGAGCAAUCCUUGGAUGGCAAAGUACUCUGCACCUACACGUUUGGUCCCGAGGAUGCUACUGAUCCGAAGGAACACCGUUCAGUGGUAGCUACCGAACUGGUGCUCGGCUUUGUCAUCCCCUUCAACGUCAUUCUGGCCUGCUACUGUGCCAUUAUUGUUAAGCUCAAGGGGAAGCUCUUGGGCCGAGUUGGCAGGUCCUUCAGGAUCAUAGUCGCCAUCGUGGUGGCCUUCUUCUGCUGCUGGUUCCCCUACCAUGUCUUCUCCAUCCUUGAAACGCUGGAUGAUGACAGCCUGGAAAUGAAAUACAUCCUGGACAUAGGUCUGCCACUGGCUUACGGCCUCAUCUGCCUCAACAGCUGCCUGAAUCCCCUCUUGUACGCCUUCCUCGGGCUGGACUGUAGAAAGUCUGGCUUGCACUCACCCCUGUCUGCCUUCAAGGGGGCCUUCAGUGAGAACUGGGCCACAGCCUCUUUCUCCAGCCACAGGAGCACCAGCUCCACCUCAGGAGUGGAGUCCAGCCUGGUCUGA